AGUGAUGAACCACAACACGUAUACGGGGUAAAUAUCCAGCCUGUCAGACCAAAUAACUGAUAGGAACGAAUAUCAGAAUGCAUACUUCGGUGAAAGGGUACGUUAUGAAGUGAUAACCGCAAAUGUUAUCAGUACCGAAGAAAUGUGUUGUGGCGAUCCAACGCGCGCCAAGUACAAAUAUAAAUAAACCGAGUGUAAACGACGAACCCAUUAUGUACACAUUUGGUAGCUGUUGCAUGCCAAAUAAUUUUAUUAUCGUUCAUCGACUGCAAUCGGAAUCACGGGAAGAAGACCGUGUGUGGUUUUAUGAAGAGUGAUACUCUUGAUGGCGAACGAACGGCGGAACUAUUUGAUUAACCAGUACGCCAAUAGCGGCCGAGAUUCGGUGGCUAGUUUAAAUAUUCCGGAAUCAUAUAUCGUUGUUUUGGAUGCUCUCGCGGAGAGAGUUUCUUGUAGCGAACGGAGAUUUUCCAGUGAAAACGGCGGAGAAGUACUGCAUAAAGCGAUUCGAGACGGCAACAACGAAUUCGUUGAAGAACUAUUGCAAAACAGUCCGCGCUCUUUAACGGAUAGCGUGGAAGCGGGAAGUUGCGGUAAAUUGCCGCUGCACACGGCAGCGGAAGUGAACAACGUAAAAGCAGUGAAGCUGUUACUGCAGCAUCGUGCCAAUCCGUUCCCGGAACAGACUUGCUGCUACGGACUACAGCCCAUCCAUGUGGCAUGCAUCCACGGCGCAGUCGAUGUUUUGACAUACUUUCUCGAUGACUCACAGUUCAAUAAGGGCAUCAUGUUGUCGAUGCCGGACCGCGACGGUUCACUACCGCUACACUGGGCGGUUAUGCAACUGCAGCUGGAAUGUGUACGAGUGCUGUUGCAGCGAGGUGCAUCCAUUUUGGUUUCGCAAGUUCGGGGCUUAAAAGCGACUCCGCUGCAACUGGCUUUUAACCGCAAUGCUCUAAGCAUUUUGCAACUGAUGGUGGAGUUAGCGCCGUCGAAAGACUUAAGGGUACGAGAUACGCGUGGACAUACGGCACUAUCGAUGGCCGUACUAAUGGAUUCCGAAGAAGUCGUCGUGGCAUUAGUCCAAAAAGGAAGUCCACUGCAAGUUCUCGAUUCCAGCGGCUGUAAUCUUGCGCAUUUGGCCGUGUCUAAAGGGUCCUGGCGAGUUCUACCCAGGCUCUUACAAGCGGGUGUCGAUCCGUUUUUCGUGGAUGUAGACGAACGCACCGCGGUUCAUCAUGCUGUUCUUGCCGGUUAUGACCUUUCUGAGUGUUGCACUUUCGGAGAGAUUACAGUGCAGAAAGCCGAUUGGCGGCAAAACUUGAACCUCCCAGACAAAACCGGUUUUGUUGCCAUACAUUACGCCGUUCGUGCGGGUAAACUAAGUUUAGUAAAAGGCCUGCUGCAUCUGGGCGCGGAUAUCCAUGCAAAGAGUCAGAAGCAAAUGACGGCUCUGCAUUUUGCAGCCCGGCAUGGCUUUCGCGAAAUUUUGAUAUUGCUCAUUUCUUUUGGUAAUGGACAUUUAGGAUUAAACAUCCGAGAUUAUAAAGGCAGAACAGCGUUGCACAUUGCCGCGGCACACGGUCAUUCCGAUAUUGUCGAUGUACUUUGCCUCCGCGGUGGAAUCCCACUGAAAGACCACAGCGGACAAACUCCACUACAUUAUGCGGCAGCAGCCAAUCAUUACCAGACGCUAAAAAACUUAAUGGACAAUUAUGCGGAUAUUAUCGAUGAAGAGGACCAUUUAGGACAUACGGCACUGCAUAGUGCCGCAGUACACGAUGCCGGUUUAUCCAUUUCUUUCCUGCUGUCGAAUAAGGCAUCCUUCCAGUGUGGCUCGUGCAAUCCUUUGGAUCUCGCUAUUCUCAACCGAAAAGAGAACGCAGCAAUGGCCUUCGUGACCAGUGGUCAAUGGAAGGCUAUAAUUGAGAGGUCAUCCAGCCAUUUCGACAGCAUUAUUGCCGGAUUGAUAGUGAACCUACCCAACGUUAUGAAGUACUGCCUCGAUCGCUCCAUGGAGCGCCAUUCCGGUCACAAAUGUAAAGGCGAACCAUAUGUGCGGUAUGACUUCAGCGUGUUAAAGCCAGAUAAUAGCACUGGAAAAGGAGAGCCGCCAAUCAAAAGCGUUGAGAAGACAGGAAAAGGUCGGGAAAAGGAACAAAAAUCCCACCUGGAACCACUCAAAAUAAUGGCAGUAAAUAAACGCACCGAGCUCUUGACUCAUCCGAUCUGCACAACCCUACUGGAACAAAAAUGGAUAAUCUACGGUCUAUACUUGUCGGCCUUCAUAUUAGUAGUGAAUAGCCUCUUUGUCGGACUAUUAUCCUUUAUUGUCGUCUACUCUGUCGAUUACUCUCUGCGGCCGUACCUUCUCAACUUAUCGCUGACGAAUCUACAGAAUUAUACUCAGGAAAAUAUUACCAACAGCGUAUCCUAUACGGAACUGCGAAUGGAAGUCGAAAAAGAUAUGAAGGAUUUUGGGCGGGUACCUGACUGGGCCAUCGUUUUACUAUUUUUAGCGGCACUUAUCAUCCUGGCAAAAGAGAUCGCAGAUCUUAUCACUCAGAAAACCCGCUACUGGAGGGACUGGACGAAUUACAUUCAGUUAGCCCUAUUCCUGUCCACGCUUUCCUUUGUUAUUUGUCUAGCAGUGGAAAGCAAUUUCGAGGGUCAAGACCGACAUGUAAUACUGAGCACGUAUGAGAGUGCCGCCAUCGCGGUAUUUUUGGCAUGGUUCAACCUUAUUCGCUUCUUCCGUCCAUUCGGAGCAUUUGGAAUCUAUUCGUUCAUCUUCUUCACCAUUUUACGGACGCUCGUUCAAGUGGCACUAUUCUUCUUCAUCUUGACGGCGGCUUUCAGUGGAGCUUUCUUUACGCUGUUCCCGACUUUUAUCUUUCCGAAUGACUCUAUCUUUUACACCAAUCCGGACAACUAUGAGCCAGAAGAACUGCGCACGACACACGAGACAGUGGAGACCUCAGCGAUGCGCAUAGCAUCGCUGAUGCUGGGCGAUUUAGAAGCCUUCGAACGUUUUCUUUCGCCUUACAUGGAAAAUAUGCUACCCUUCAAGGGUCUUAGCUUCGUUUUCUACGGGCUAUGCAUGGUCAUUAUGUGCAUUUUACUGAAUAAUCUCCUGAUGGGCUUAGCUCUGGCCGAUAUGGCCAACAUCCGACAGAAUGCCGUCAUUCUCAGAUUAAAGAUGCAGAUCUCAUUACAUGAUUCACUAGAGCAGGGUUUGUUGGUUCUGGAGCGAGCGUUAGAAGUUGUGACGCGUGGAACGGUGAAGCUUCCUUAUUCAUGGCGGCAAAAUCUACAUUGUGGCAAGUACGAAUAUCGGUAUUACCCCGGGCGGCCAAUGGGAUGGAAAACUUGGUUGGCCCGCUUAGUUUCGGGAGGUUACAAUCGUGAAUAUCAACCAUCGGAUACGGACAACGCUCUCGAUAAAACUCGCAAAAACGCAAUACAAAUUACUGACGACAUCAAGGAAAUCUUAAAACGAUUACGAGAGAUGGACGAAAGUAUGGAUACUGUCCGGCAGAUACUUACCGACCUCAACAAAAAUCCUUCUCAAUCGGACUGCUAACCUUAGCAGCAUUGAAUAAUAACUUGCACUGUAAAGCAGAUCGGGUAAUAAUUUUUUGUUGUUGUGUUUUAUACGACGCGCAAUCCUCUUUGUUUUUUGUCUUAUGCAAAAUGCAUUGUUGUUUUGAAUUAGUUCUGAUGUUUUUUCCCGCUGGCGGGCUGGUAAACAACUGGUAUUGGGAUUAUAAAACAAAUUGCUUGCUACAAACAGCAUCAAUGUAGCAUAGUGCAUAACGGAACGAAAAGAUAACCGAAAGGAGAGGAACACAGCGGUGUUCGUUUACGUAUGGUGCAUCAGUUAAAACGGUUCGUCUCCCGCGUUGCACAGAUCGCUGUAACAGAAGCAGGUGGUGCUGCUUCCGCCUGGAUUGAUACCGGUGUAGCAAGUCUCGUCUCCAGCCGAUGGUGAGC